CAAUUAAAAAUAGAGCAACCCUCGAUUCAAAAUUUGAUAAUUACAAUUACUGAAAUUUUCCUCAGAUAAACCCUCCAGCCGAAACAAUACAGAAAAUUGUAAAACCCUAGUAAAGAACCAGUAACCAAUGGAACCUUCAUCCAGAUCAUGGUCUCCAUGCUCAAUCCACCACCACCACCCCUUGUGCCACCGCCACCACCAUCACCAUCCGCACUUGCUCUGCUCCCACCAACACCACCACCACCACCACCACCACCAAUCUAGUUGCCCUUUACAUGUAAGGCCUAGAUUUGCUCUUCAAGCUGCUCAACAUCCAAGACCUAUUCUUUCUUAUCCAUUGGUAAAAGACUUGAACUUGGAUUCCACUGCCAGCAAAGAAACAUCUGCCCCAGUUGCCCAGGUGUUGCAAGAGCCAGAGUGCGAUGUAUUAGAAGAGGAAGAAGAUGAUGAUGAUGAUGAUGACCCGAUUUUCGUUCUUACAGAUGAAUGGAGGGAGUUCUUUGCCAGAUCUGAAGCUAGGAGAAAAUUAGAGAAGCAGCGAGGCAAGAAAAAAGAGAAACACUAGAUGGAAUUGCUCUAAAUGAUAUUGAACAGAAUAUUGCAAGGGCGUGGGCGUGAGAGAUGCGAGGAGCAGGAAUUGCUUACCGUUGUUGUACCUACAUGGCUACACGGGGCCCGUAGCUGGAGCUGCAACAUAGUGGAAUGGGAAAACUUUUGAGUUGAGGAAAUAGGCAUCGCCAAACCAUUUAGGGUUUCAGCUUGUUGAAAGCCGCAGCAACUCUCUCAUCUGUAAUCAAUCUAUGACUCUCAUAAAAAUCUAAUAUCUCCAUUGCAAUAUUUUUCACCUGCCAAA